UGGCGGCGGCGUUUAAGCACCUGGUGUGGUCACGGCUUCUUAGCUGUGGCGUGACUACCCACGCCGGCUGCCUCCGCCCGCGAGGCCGGCGGCCCCCGCGGCUGCUGGCGGAUCUGGCGCCUGGGUGUGACCGCACGGAGCCCCCGCUGGGAGCGGUGCCCGCAGGUACCUGAAUGUUAGCUUUCUGUCUGAAGCUCCUGGAACUUUUCUCUUAUUGAGAUAGAACUUGGCUGAAAUCACAUUGCACAUAUAUUGUACACAAGUGCUUAGCCCAAGCCUGAGAAUUACUAGAAUCCUCUAGUUAGACAAAUUCAAACUACAGUGGGAGUUCUGUCCAGGAAGAUGCGGCCUCUGAACAAGUUGAUGGCUAUCUCAAAACCUCAAAACCUGAUUCUACAUGAACAAAGUGAGGCCCCGAGAGUAGAUGUGUCCUGGCAACAGGAAUCCAUCCCAAUCAUGGAAACCUAUGACUCUGAGGCCUCUCGUCAAAGAUUCAGAAAUUUCCAGUAUUUGGCAGUGUCUGGGCCUCAUGAAGCCCUGUGCCAACUCUGGGAGCUCUGUCUUCAGUGGCUGAGACCAGAGGUUCAUACAAAGCAGCAGAUCCUAGAGCUGUUGGUGCUAGAACAAUUUCUGACAAUUCUCCCUGAAGACAUCAGGACUUGGGUGAAUUUACAACAUCCAAGGAACAGCAAAGAAGUGGUGACCCUCAUAAAGGAUGUGAUUGAAAUACUUAAAGAUGAAGAGAUACCCUGCAAGGAUUGUGUCAUCCUCCAGAAGGGGAACAUCAAGGAGAAAAUGGAAACUGACUCACUAACUAGCAAUUCUCAGGAACCAAUAACAUUCAAAGAUGUGAUUGUGGAAUUCAGUGAGGAAGAGUGGGGACAACUGGACCCUGCUGUGAAGACCCUGUACAGGGAUGUGAUGCUGGAGAACUACAGGAACCUGAAUUCAUUGCAUCAAGAACAUCUACUUUACAAGCCAGUUGAGAUCUCCAAGCUGGAGAGUAAGGAAAGAAGAUGGACAGUGGAGCAAGAAAUCCCAAGCACAUCUGUUUUGGGUAAGAACCAGGCAGAUAUGAGGCAGCCAUAA